UACGUUGCCUCCAUUACCUUUUCAAAUUGCUGCUUUUGGUAUUUUGCCUCAAGCUGUUGCAACAUUGCUGAAAACUUUGAUAGUUCGUCUUAAUGGCUGUUCAUGCACAGUGGGUUCUUGUUAAUGGUGGAUUUAGUACGGAAGAUCUCCUACGUACCCGGAGCUCCUCCUAUCGUUUUACGGCCGCUUUUUUGUGGACUUGGUCAAGCUCCUCGAUCUCCGUACAGUGGCUUCCUUCCAAUCUCCUCUUCCGUCCUUCCUUUCCCUGCCUAUUCUUAGCCGAUAUCCUUUCCAACCCGGCCAACGUCCUCAUCGUCCCUUUCCACCACCGCCUCGGCACCGCCCUAGCCAGCUGCACGUCAUGGCCGACGAAGCCCCGCCAUGGCCUCUGCAGCUUCUCGCCGCCAUCCUCUCCCUCUUCGGCCGCCAUCCUUCCACUCCCGAGGACAGCCACGUCCUCCUCCAAUUCAAGGCCUCGCUCUCCGACGCCACUUCUGCCGGCCCUCCUCCCGCUCUCGCCUCUUGGGGUGCCAAUCUGGGCCGGCGUCUUCUGCGACGACGCGCGCGUGUCGACGCUGCUGCUCAACGACAUGAGCCUCGCCGGCGAGCUCAACCUCGGGCUCCUCUCCGGCCUCCCCGGCCUCCGCUACCUCAGCUUCGUCAACAACAGCUUCGACGGCGGCAUGCCCGACAUCACCAAGCUGCCGGAUCUCAAGUCCAUAUACCUGUCCAGGAACCGCUUCUCCGGCCAUAUCAAGGAUGAUUUGUUCCAGCCAAUGCGAGCGCUGAAGAAGGUGUGGCUUUCGCACAACAACUUCUCCGGCCCGAUACCCAGCUCUCUCGUCGCGCCGGAGAAGCUGAUGGAGGUGGGGCUGGACGGGAACAUGUUCGAGGGGGAGAUUCCGGCGCUGUGGCAGCCGGACCUCCACAUUGUCAACGUGGCCUUCAACAAUCUCGACGGCCCGAUCCCUGCCAGGCUCGCCAACAUGAGCACCACCUUGUUCGAAGGCAACAAGAAUCUCUGCGGCCCGCCUCUAGCAGUCCCAUGCCCACCGUCAAGCUCCGAUAAGAAGCCGCUCUCCCCUUAUUUCAUCAUCGGCGUUAUCCUCAUCUCAAUUGCACUCUUGUUACUACUCAUCAUGCUCAUCAUCUGCCUCCUCCACCGCCGCCGUUCCCAAAAAGAAGCCGCGGAACAGCCUCAGUCCGGCGAGGCUGAAACCAUCGGUCGUUUGGAAACCGCCGGCGUACAGGCCGGACCAUCCGCCGCCGCCGCCGCCGCAGCAAUGACAGAGAGCCAUGGGGGGAGCAAGAAGAUCCCGAAGAAAGAACAGGGGAAGCUGUCAUUUGUAUCAGAGGAGAGGAGGGAUUUCGACCUCCCGGACUUGCUCCGAGCAUCCGCCGAAGUGCUCGGCAGCGGAAACUUCGGCUCCUCCUACAAGGCGUCCUUGAUCGACGGCCCUUCCGUGGUCGUCAAAAGAUUCAAGGAGAUGAACGCGGCGGGGAGAGAAGACUUCCGAGAACACAUGAGGAGGCUGGGGAGGCUGUCUCACCGUAACCUGUUGCCUCUGGUCGCCUACUGCUACCUAAAGGAAGAGAAGCUGAUCAUCACCGACUACAUUCCCGGCGGAAGCUUGGCUCACAUGCUUCAUGGAAACAAUGGCCCCGAACCUCCUGUGCUGGACUGGCCGGCGCGUUUAAGGAUCAUCAAAGGCAUAGCAAGAGGCCUGGUUUACCUCUCCGACGAGCUCCCGAUGCUGACGCUUCCCCACGGCCACCUCAAGUCCUCCAACGUGCUUCUCGACCCCUCGCUGGAGCCCGUGCUCACGGACUACGCCCUCGCGCCGGUGAUGAACAAGGCCAGGGCUUCGCAGGUGAUGGUAGCCUACAAGUCCCCGGAGUGCGGCGGCCGGCAAGGAAAGCCCUCCCGCAAAAGCGACGCCUGGAGCUUCGGCAUCCUCGCGCUCGAGAUACUCACCGGCAAGUUCCCCGCCACGUACCUGAGAGAUGGCGGCAGCGCCGCCACCGCGGAUCUGGCCUGCUGGGUGAACUCGGUGGCGCACGACAAAUCAACAGGGGAGAUGUUCGACCCGAACAUGACCAAGAAGAGCGAAGGAGAGAUGUCCAAACUGCUGCACAUCGCCAUGGCUUGCUGCGAAACGAACGUCGAUGCGAGAUUGGAGCUGAAGGCAGCACUGGAAAAGAUCGAAGAACUGAGAGAAAGAGACGACGACGAGGACGACGACGAUGUCGUUGGAAGGCAUGCCUCAAAAAGACUCACCGCCGGCGAUGAGCUUUCCCUCUCUAGAUAAUUGAUGCCAAGCGAACUUAAUGCAACUCUCAUUCCCACUUCAAACGAUAUUGCAACUGCUGUAGAUGUACAGGAAUUAGUAACAACUGAUUUACUAUAAGUGAUUAGCUCAUUGUAAAGAUCUACAAGAAUCAAUCCAAUAAAAGUGGAUAGUGUCAGUGUGGAUUGGAAU